UCAUCUUAUCAAGGAAGCCCAUCUAAAGACGGAUGGUUUACUGUGCGCACUACUCGAUCCCUUUCACCCCGUUGACCGUAUCGGAAAACAAAACGACCAAGGUCAGACAAGCAUUCCUUAGGUCAGGCUCUAGACACUGUAGGUGAAGCAACACAAGAUGCUGAUGCGUAGAGCCGUCAUGAUCAACCGCCCCGCCUGGCGAUCCAUGCUGUAUCUGCAGAAGUCUGCCACUCGGGGAACUGCCGUAUCGUCACUGCAGCAACGAUCACCUUCCCAGCAGCCAUUAGGACAGGCGUCCCAUCAGCCAAUGCGCCAGCUAUCCCAGCAAUCAUCGGAGUAUUCACCUCUCCCGUGGGUUGAUUUUGCCGCCCCAAAUCUUACAAAAACGGCGGGAAAACCUCUCAAAAUUAGUUUCCUUUGCAACUCUUUUAACGGGCUGUCCCAACGGCUGUACCUGGAGUUGCUGUCACGUGGCCAUCACGUGAUGGUGCAUGACAACCCACGUGGCGAGAAGAUGACGGAGGUGGUAGAAACGGACCAACCGGACUUGGUGGUGUGCCCGUUCCUGACCCGCCGAGUUCCCGCCAGCCUGUUCAACAAUCCCGCUCGACCCGUUCUAAUUGUACAUCCGGGUAUCCCAGGAGACGAAGGGCCCUCCUCAAUUGACUGGGCGCUCAAGGAGGGCGCCACCGAAUGGGGAGUAACGGUACUGCAGGCAGCAGAGACGAUGGACUCGGGGGAUAUUUGGGCCACCUGCAAAUUCCAAGUGAACCGCCAGGCGACCAAGUCUAGUCUGUAUGGCAAGGAAGUGACACAGGCAGCGAUUGUCUCUGUUUUGAAAGCGAUAGACGCUUGGGAGCAAGGAGUACCUCCAAUACCACUGGACUAUGGGCACCCAGAGGUGAAAGGUGAGCUGAAGCGAAAGUUGACGGUGGAGGACCGUCGGGUUGACUGGGCGCUGUCGGCGGAGGAUGUGGCGCGGGCCGUGCGGGCCUGCGACUCCCAGCCGGGCGCGUUAGGUACACUCCGUGUGGCCGUGCAAGGUCAGCAGUUGAAGCACGAGUUUGCGUUGUUCGGCGCAUGCGUUGAAGGUGACCCUGGCAUGGUGUGGGAUCUAAAGAAAGAGCGUGACGUCACACCUGGUGACGUCAUUGGCAGGAGAAACGGUGCCGUACUAGUGGCCUGUGGACAGGACACUGCCGUGUGGAUCUCACAUCUUAAGGCCUCCCCCAAGAAGACCAGUCUGAAGCUUCCCGCCACGUCCGUCCUCCCUUCAGUUGACGUCACGUCCCUUCCCAUCGACCACUGCGAGCCCCUUCCUUACGGCACCAGGCCCAAGACGUUCCAAGACGUCUGGACGACGCGCCAAGACGGCGUCUGCUACGUGCACUUCGACUUCUACAACGGCGCCAUGAGCACAAACCAGUGUAAGAGGCUGGAGAAGGUUCUGUGUGGUGUAGAGGCGGACCCAGACUGUACUAUGGUCGUCUUGAUGGGAGGGUACAAUUUCUUCAGCAACGGGAUCCACCUCAACGUCAUCGAGAACUCCGAAUGUGCCGCCACCGAAUCGUGGGCUAACAUCACAGCCAUCGAUGACGUAGUGAAGGCGAUAUUCAGCAUGCGCAGUAAGGUGACAGUGGCAGCGCUGCAGGGGAACGCAGGGGCCGGAGGGGUCAUGAUGGCGCUCGCUGCUGACAAGGUUUGGAGUCACGCGGGGGUGGUGCUGAAUCCGCACUACCGCAAGAUGGCGCUCUUCGGGUCCGAGUACUGGACAUACUCCCUGCCCCGUAGGGUGGGAAGCUCCGCAUCAGAGGAACUGACCAAUGAGCUGCAGCCACUGCUGGCUACGGAAGCCCGGGACAAAGGCAUGAUAGAUGACGUCAUCGGGUACAACGCUGAAGAGCUGAACGCGCAGAUCCCGCGGAUGUGUCGGCGCCUGCAGUUAGAGUCUCGCGAGAUUCUGCGAGAGAAGCAGUCCGAGACGUCAUCCCUCUGGUCCACCCUGGAGGAGCAUCGUCACCAGGAGCUGGCGCGCAUGUGGAAAUGUUUCCAUGAUAAGGAGUACCACAAACGGAGGCACAACUUCGUGUAUCACUAGAUAGAAACAAAGGAUUUUUUUUUUUGCUUUUUGAUCGGCUAAAGUGAUUUUAACUCAAACAUAUUAGUCCAUUCAUUCAUCAAUUUAUUCAUUCAUUCGCUUUUUCACUCAUUCAUACAUGAAUAAGGGAUAAAAUGUUGCGGUGCCAAAGCCUUUUCGAGGCCUCAGAGGCAGUAAGUUAGUAAUGGCACUGCAUCAGUAACACAUCUAAAAUAGAAGUCCAUUCAUUCUUAUUUUUCCUUCCCUUCUGCCAAGCCUCUAAUUCUAGAGAUUAACGGCAGAUUGCGCAUGAGUUAGUUACAACACAAGUGCCCGGUACAAAUAGACAAGGGGAAAUAAUAUAAAACGCUAAUUGAAAUGAAAACAAACUGAAUUUUUGUGUGAAAGGACAGGACAAGUGAGUUAAGUGAGUUAAUAGAAAAUAUAUUUACAUAUAUACAAGUCGUGUGGGGGUGGCUCAAUGCAGCAGGGCCCACCCCAGCUCAGUUUUGAACUGGGAGAGAGACUCCGCCUCCGUCACACCAGGCUCAAGCCCAUUCCACUCUCUGAUGGUACGAGGGAAGAACGAGAGCCUGUAGUAGUUAUUCCUGCACGCGAUGGCCUUAAUUCGUUCAUUCCUUCGUUCUUUCACUCAUUUAUUUGUGAAUAAAGGAUAAAAUGUUGUGGUGCCAAAGCCCACCCGAGGCCGCAGAGGUAGUGAGUUUGUAAUAGCACAGCAUCAGUAGCACAUCUAAAAUAGAAGUUCAUUCAUUACCUUCGCCGAGAAGGUUAUUUUGGUUAAGGCCUCAUGUUGUGUCCCAAUAUGUAGGUCAACAGCAUAUAACUAGAGAAGCUGGGAUUGGAUUUUAAUGAUACUUAGUAUUUGAGUAGCGGUUGCGAACACGAAGGUCGUGUUCGAAAGUGGUUGGUGUAGCCUUUUUCCGUCAGGGCGGUAGCGGGCCGAAUGUGUGCGUCCGCUUUCUUGUAAACAGGAUAACUUGAGAACUCUUACAUGGAUCCU